AUGACAAGAAAAUCGGAUCCUGAUAAAUUCAGUGUGACCAAAGAUGCUUUGGUGCCAGGCGCAUUUUUUGUUCUACUUUUGCGAUGGUGCGUUGCGGCAUAUCCUUACUCUGGGUACAAGAAGCCUCCCAUGUUUGGGGAUUACGAAGCGCAGCGACAUUGGCAAGAGAUAACGGUUCACACGCCAGCGGCAAAAUGGUACCACAACACCAGUCAAAACGAUCUCCAAUAUUGGGGGUUAGAUUAUCCUCCGCUGACUGCAUAUCACAGCCUGCUGAUGGGCUUAGUUGCCGAUUGGUUAGACCCGGAAUCCGUGCGACUAUUUGCAUCGAGAGGUUAUGAAAGUGAAUCUCAUAAGAUGUUCAUGAGAUGGACAGUGUUUCUUAGUGAUUUGUACUUUUAUAUGACUGCAGUGUUAUGUAUUUGUAUAGAUGCUGAAAGAGUGAAACAAAAAGAAACUAGAAUAGUAUUUAAGAGAACUGAUUUGUCAACAAUACUUAUGUUAUUAUAUCCAGGUUUAAUUCUCAUCGAUCAUGGUCAUUUUCAGUACAAUUGUGUCUCGCUAGGACUGUUUUUGUGGGCAACAUUCUUUGUUAUAGCAAUAGAAAAUGACAUAAUGGCUACAAUAUUUUUCACUCUUGCAUUAAAUUAUAAACAAAUGGAACUGUACCAUGCAUUACCAUUUUUUGUAUAUUUGCUAAGAAGAUGCUUCAUUGGAUUACCUCCUAAAAGCAAAUUGUUCCAUUUUAUUCUAAAUUUUAACAAACUAGCAGUAGCUGUGAUAUCAUGUUUUAUAAUAAUAUGGUUUCCAUUUACUAGUUCUUGGAAAGAUAUAUUCCAAGUUGUCCACAGAUUAUUUCCUUUGAAAAGAGGAGUGUUUGAAGACAAAGUUUCUAAUGUCUGGUGUUUUGUCAAUGUAUUUAUAAAGCUAAAAACCAUUUAUACAAAUGAAACGAUGGCACAAAUGUGCCUCUCUAUGACCGCUGUAGCUUCGCUGCCAUCAUGUGCUGAUAUGUUUUUCCGUAUAAAUAAGAAGAAGUUCAUAUUAUGCCUUAUCAAUGUUUCUUUGGCAUUUUUCUUAUUUUCUUUUCAAGUGCAUGAGAAAACUAUUUUGUUAGUUGCCAUUCCAGUAGCACUGCAUUUGCCUGAAGAUCCCUUUAUGUGUUUUUGGUUUUUACUUGUGUCCAAUUUCAGCAUGUUACCUUUAUUAAUUAAGGAUGGUUUGGUUAUGCCCUUUGUUGGAACAAAUAUUAUUUACAUAUGUUUCUACAGUAUAUGUUUGAGAUUAUCACAGACUAAUUCUUCCAUUUUCUCAUUCAUGAAUGCCAAUUUAGUUUAUAGAGCUAUUAAUGAUACAAAAGAAGAUUCUGUGUUUUUAAAACUACUUAGUACAUCUUUCUUUGUCUCCCUUUUUGGGAUGUUCUGGUUGACAGUUGGAUCAGUGUUUGUAGAGCCCCCGCCUCAAUAUCCAGAUAUAUUUCCAUUAUUGGUAUCCAUGUACUCAUGUAUUCAUUUUAUCAUGUUUUUCAUAUACUUCAAUUAUAAGCAAAUUUCGAUCCCAUAUUAUUUGCCAGUGCCAAAAAUUAAAACGAAUUAG